AGGAGGUGAGGACUAGAGGGCGGGCCGAGAGCCUUUCUCUUCUCUCAGGGCUGGUUCCUUGCUUUUUUAUUUAUUAUUAUUUUCUUCCCUUCCUCCUCCUCCUCCUCUCUCAGUUUCCUGUCUGGUUUUGUGCUCACAACGGAUAUGUGCAGCGCCUACAGGUGUGUCUCCUCCUGGCUGCUUUUCUCUCUUCCCGGGGCAGGGCUGGCAGGAGAGCGCGAGGAGGGGAGAGGCGGGCGCUGAGGCGCAUCAUGUGAUGAGCCUAUUGCUCUCUGUGGCGGCGUGCCUUUCUUUUCCCCCCUUCCCUCUCCCUCGCCGCCUUUCCUAGGCUCUGGAAGCUGCCGCCGCCGCCGCUCUCGCGCUGACUUGUGGAGGCUGCUUAGCUUCAGCCGCCGUUGGCGGCGGGUGACGACGCCACCACCUCCUUUUCUCUUUCUCUUCGGAAUAUGGACAGUCCACCGGCCCCGGCAGCUGCUGCUGGUCCUGAGCGCUGCCUCGGGGGGCUGCUUGGUUGAGGCGCGGCCACUUGGGAGGGAGCGCCGUCUGCAGCCCAAGAGCCGCGCACACAAAGGCGCGACCAGAGCAGCCUCUUCUGCUUUCCAACUUGGGGAACUGUGCAGCUUUGUCUUUCUGGGCUUUGGCAUGCUGUGAUCCAAGUGACACUCUGUCCUUUAACAUUCAUGACGUUGUGGCAAGUUCAAUUUCUAUAUGGCUCCUGUAAAGUAUGCAAUGAGAUUUGGCAGACCUAUCCAGAGCUGGAGUUGUUGGCUCCUGUGGGACCUGAAGGGGAAAAAAUGGUUGCAUCAGUCUGUCUUCCUUAUUUUUAGAGCAUUUUAUGGUAUUUGAAGAAAACCUGAGGUGGAGUCUCUUCCUAAUUCUGAAGUUCAAAGAUUGUCAUAUGACUUGCUGUAGGUAAAAAAUAAAGCAGAAGAUAUCUGUGGAAAUAAGUGAAGUGAAAGAAGAACCAGAGAACGUAUCACAAAGAAAUGGCUGUUUGGAUUUGGACGUUGAGCAUUCUGACCUACUCCUGUGUUUCCUGUGCAUUAAGGCCUAGGAAAUGGGAUUCGUUCCUGAGUAACACAGAACUGAGCCACCUGACAGUAAACUAUGACACAGGGACAGUCUAUUUAGGAGCAGUAAAUGCCUUGCAUCAACUCACAGAGGAAUUGAAACCCUAUCCAUCGGUGGAUGAGGUAUUAACUGGGCCACAUCUUGAUAACAUAAUGUGCACACCUCCCAUUGAUGAAAGCCAGUGCAUUGAAGCAAAAUGGACUAACAAUCAUGUCAAGAUCCUUUUGCUGGACAUACAGGAGAGAAGAAUUGUGGUUUGUGGGAGCCUGUUUAAGGGCAUUUGUUCCAUUAGGGAGCUCGAGAACAUUUCAAAUAUAACUUACUAUGAGAAUGGCAGUGGAGAGAAAUCAUUUGUUGCAAGCAAUGAUGAGAAGGUAGCCACAGUGGGGUUGAUUACCUCUUUGAAAAAAGGUCGAAUGAUGUUUGUGGGAAAGGGAAAUGGGCCAAGUGACAAUGGGAUCAUUGUCAGCACUCGACAACUUUUUAAUGGGGAUGGGAGAGAGAUUUUUGAACUAUAUGCAGAUGCUGCUGUUAUUAAAUCACUAUAUACUUCCUCAGGCACACAACAGUUUCUUUACAUCUUUGAACACAAAAAAUAUGUAUAUUUUAUUUUCAAUCAGCAUGAAAAGCAGCCCCUUAAAAACCGGACACUAAUUGGGCGACUCUGCAAGGAAGAUGAACAUUAUCAUUCCUACUUUGAAAUGGACUUGGAAUGUAAAGAUGUAAGUGGUCCUUACAACCAGUGUAAUGCGGCCUAUGCCUCUGUACACGGUCAGAUUCCAGCAUCAUCAGGACAAGAGGAUGGUGUCCCAUCACAGGAUAAAAAGCUAAUUGCACUUUUCAGGAGGAUCAACAAAGAUAAAAACUCGGUAGAAUCUGCCAUGUGUUUGUUUUCCUUGGAGCAGAUCAAUGAAAAAAUGGAAGAAAAAAGGGAACAAUGCUAUAUGAAGGAUGCACGAAAUGUAUUUUACAAACCAUUUCGAACAGAAAGUCCUCCGUGUACCACUUCAUCUCACCAGAAUUCAAGCCAAACAUUUCCAUGUGGUUCUGAACAUUUACCAUACCCUUUGGGAAGCAAAGAGGGAAUUACUAGGGAACCUUUAUUGAAGAAGGAGGGCAUUGAUUUAACUGCAGUGACCUUUGCAGUAGAGAAUGGGCACACUGUAGCAUUUGUUGGAACAUCGGAUGGCAGAAUCCUGAAGGUGUUUUUGGAUAAUCCUGAAAAGGAAUAUGCCGGUGUUCUUGUUGAAAAAAACAAGCCUAUCAAGAAGGAUCUUGUCCUUGAUGCUCGCCAUGAGAACUUGUAUGUGAUGACUGCAAAAGAGGUAUUUCGCUUGCCAGUCCAAGAAUGUGCUAGUUACUCUACCUGUGAUCUGUGUAUUCAAUCCCGGGAUCCUUUCUGUGGCUGGUGUGUAACAGAGGGAAAAUGCACAAGGAAAAAAGACUGUGCAAGAUCAGUUAAGGAAAAUAACUGGCUCUGGAGCCCAGAUGGCAUUUGCUUGAAUAUUACAAGUGCUCACCCUCAAAAUAUGAGCAGAAGAAGCCCAGACGAGGUAGAAUUGACUCUCAGCCCUUUCCCGGCUUUAAAUGAAGAUGACCAGCUUUGGUGUCACUUUGGUGAAACAAGUCAUCAGGCAGGGUUACAAGAAGGGUCUAUUGUCUGCCGUCAUCCUAAUGAAAUCCCUCCAACAACAAAAGACCAAGAUUAUGUCUUGGUUCCACUGCGUCUGACCAUUGGUGAUAAUAUAUUGCUUGCAUCGGGCACAUAUCCUUUUUAUGAUUGUGAAAAAGCUAUAAACCGAAUUGAAAAUGAACCGUGCUAUUCCUGUGCAAGCAGUAGAUGGAAUUGCCAGUGGGAUUGGAAGAAACAUAUCUGUGAAGACUCUUCUUUAGAAGAAGAUGUGAUUAAACAAAACAAGGCAGAAGAAUGCCCACACUUUCUAAAUCCCAGCCCUAACAUAAUUCCUAUGGAAGUCUCAACAAAAGUAUAUUUUGAAGGAAAGAAUCUAGAUUUCUAUCAGGGUAGCCAUUUCAUAAUUGGAAAUAACCACGUUCAGUUUGAGACCACAGUGGAAAAAACAUCUGAUGGAACUUUCGUCUUUGAAAGCGAACCGAUUCCUGUUGAAAAUGAAACUCUACCACUUAGUUUAUUCAUUAAAAUGGAUAAAGGCAAGAUUGAUAGCAAACUGAUUGUGACUCUAUACAGCUGUUCAUAUGGUCGGGAUGACUGCAGCUUGUGUCUUGCUUCUGAUCCUAAGUAUAAAUGUGUCUGGUGUGACGGCACUGACAGAUGUGUUUACACGAAAGGUUGUUCUACUCCUAUUGUCACCUGCCCUGCUCCAGUCAUUACUAGGAUUGAACCAAAGAAUGGACCACUAAAUGGUGGAAUUUUGUUGUCAAUUAUGGGGUCUAAUUUGGGCAUAACAGCUGAAGAUGUCAAAAAUAUAAUGGUGGCAGGAACAGAAUGUAUAUUUAGAGAACCACUCUACUCUGUUUCUACCAAGAUUGUAUGUGAGGUUGGAAAAGUGCCAAAAGCAAUAGAAGGUAAAAUUGAAGUUGAUAUAAAUGGACAAGUAGGCAGAUCAACACAUGAAGUGCAGUUUACAUAUCAGGAUCCUGAACCUACAGGAAUAAAUCCACAAAAAGGUCCCCAAGCUGGGGGGACCAUCCUGACUAUCAGUGGCACAAACUUGGACACUGGCUCUAUUCAAGAUGUUCAAGUUUACCUCGAUAAUGAACUCUGUCAAGUUAUCAAAUUUGGGCAAGAAAUUGUUUGUGUUACUGGACCACAUAGCAAGGAAGGGCCUGUUUCUGUAACUGUACAGCAUGGAAGGAACAAAAAGAGAAUAGAAAAUGAACAAUUUACCUACAGUGAAAAUCCUACAGUUAACAAGAUCACACCUGAAGCCAGCAUUUGCAGCGGAGGACGAAAUAUUACUGUUGUCGGAGCUGGUUUUGAUAUAAUUCAGAAUUUCUCUGUGGAAGUUAUAUUUAAACCUUUUGGAGAUAUAUCAUGGAGGAGGAGGAGGAGGAGGAGGCAAACAGAGGAACUACAAAAGUUUGAAGGAAAAACCAUCUCAAAAAUCAAUGAUACCGCACUAGUCUUCUUAUCUCCACCAGUACUGGAGGACCCAGAAAAUUAUAGAAUUUCUAUAGUUAUUAAAAUGGAUGGUCAUCAGGAGGAAAAGGACUUUCAAUACGUUGCUGAUCCAACCUUUGAAAACUUCACUGAUGGUGUCAAAAAGCAGGUCAACAAACUUAUUCAGGCAAAGGGUAGUAAUCUCAACAAAGCUAUGACAAUGGAUGAGGCUCAAGCAUUUGUGGGAGAGGAGCCCUGCAACAUAAAAAUCCUGACAGAGAAGGAUUUGUACUGUGAACCACCUGAAGUGCAGCCCCUGCCCAAGAGAAGGCAGAAGAGAGAUACAGUUAAUAACCUGCCAGAAUUCAGCGUGAGAUUUGGCUUCAAAGAAUGGGUCCUAGGAAGAGUGGAGUAUACACAAGUGGGUGACAUACCACUAGGCCUGAUCUUGCCAUCAGUAAUUAUUCCCAUGGUGGCCAUUAUCAUCAUCUCAAUCUUUUGCUACAGACGGAAAAGCCAACAAGCAGAACGAGAAUACGAAAAAAUUAAAUCACAACUUGAAGGCUUGGAAGAAAGCGUCAGAGACCGGUGCAAAAAGGAAUUUACAGAUCUGAUGAUAGAAAUGGAAGAUCAGACAAAUGAUGUUAAUGAAGCUGGAAUUCCUGUGCUGGACUACAAAACCUAUACCGACAGAGUCUUCUUUCUGCCAUCCAAAGAUGGAGAAAAAGAUGUCAUGAUCACUGGGAAACUGGAUAUUCCUGAAGCUAGGCGGCAAACUGUAGAACAGGGAUUGAAUCAAUUCUCCAAUCUGCUCAAUAGUAAAUCAUUUCUUAUUAAUUUCAUUCACACAUUGGAAAACCAAAAAGAAUUCUCUGCCCGUGCAAAAGUAUAUUUUGCAUCUCUCUUGACUGUGGCUUUGCAUGGGAAGCUAGAAUACUAUACUGACAUCAUGAGGACAUUAUUUUUGGAGCUGAUAGAGCAGUAUGUUGGGGCCAAAAAUCCUAAAUUGAUGCUCAGAAGAUCAGAAACUGUUGUGGAGAGAAUGCUUUCCAACUGGAUGUCAAUUUGUCUAUAUCAGUACCUCAAGGACAAUGCUGGAGAGCCUCUUUAUAAGUUGUUCAAAGCUAUCAAACAUCAGGUAGAAAAAGGCCCUGUGGAUGCUGUGCAAAUGAAGGCCAAAUAUACACUGAAUGACACUGGUUUGUUGGGAGAUGAUGUGGAAUAUUCACAGCUGACUGUAAAUGUGAUUGUACAAGAUGAAGGCACAGAAUCUGUACCAGUAAAAGUGCUCAACUGUGAUACCAUUUCUCAAGUAAAAGAAAAGAUCAUUGACCAAGUCUAUCGAAAUCUGCCUUAUUCACAGUGGCCAAAGCCUGAGAGUGUAGUUCUUGAGUGGCGUCCAGGUUCUACUGCACAAAUACUGUCAGAUUUGGAUUUAACAUCUCAAAGAGACGGCAGGUGGAGACGCAUCAAUACCCUGAUGCACUAUAAUGUACGGGAUGGUGCUACUCUCAUCUUGUCAAAAAUGGGGGUCUCACAACAGCCAGAGGAUCACCAGCAAGACAUGCCAGGGGAAAGGCAUGCAUUGUUGGAAGAGGAAAAUAAGAUUUGGCAUCUAGUUCGGCCAGUAGAUGAAGUUGAUGAAGGUAAAUCAAAAAGAGGGAGUAUGAAAGAGAAGGAGAGAACCAAAGCUAUUACAGAAAUCUAUCUGACAAGACUCCUCUCUGUGAAGGGUACACUUCAGCAGUUUGUAGAUAACUUUUUUCACAGUGUACUUGACUCAAACUAUGUUGUGCCACCCGCUGUGAAAUAUUUCUUUGAUUUUCUUGAUGAGCAAGCAGAAAAGCACGAAAUCAAAGAUGAGGAUACUAUCCACAUCUGGAAAACAAACAGCUUGCCACUUAGGUUCUGGGUAAACAUAUUGAAAAACCCCCACUUCAUCUUUGAUGUUCAUGUUCAUGAAGUAGUGGAUGCUUCCUUGUCAGUCAUUGCACAGACUUUCAUGGAUGCUUGCACAAGAACAGAGCACAAAUUAAGCAGGGAUUCUCCGAGUAAUAAGUUACUCUAUGCAAAAGAGAUUUCAACAUAUAAGAAGAUGGUGGAAGAUUAUUACAAAGGUAUUCGUCAAAUGGUACAAGUGAGUGACCAGGAUAUGAAUACACAUUUAGCAGAGAUUUCCAGGGCACACACAGACUCAUUAAACACCCUUGUGGCUUUACACCAGCUCUACCAGUAUACUAACAAAUACUAUGAUGAGAUCAUAAAUGCGCUGGAAGAGGACCCAGCUGCACAAAAAAUGCAGCUUGCUUUUCGAUUACAACAGAUAGCAGCUGCUUUAGAGAAUAAAGUGACUGACCUUUGAUUUAAAAGCUGCGAUAAAGAAGUCUGAUCUGAAGAUGUGUAAAUUCAUUCUUCCUAAUAAGGAAAUAGUGUUCUAUUUUUUAAUGUGUAAUUACAAUUUUAAAUGAAAAACAAAAGAUUUCUUGGUUUUUUUAUAGCAAAGCUGUAAUGUAAAGAGUUUUUACUGUAAAUUAUGCUUCUAAUUAAAAUCUUGUGUUGUGUGUAAAUGAAUUUUCAGUGGGAAAUGAGGGAAGUCCUCUGGGGGCGGGGAGGGUAAAUUUAUAGCUCAUUUAAUCAAAUAGUACAAUCUUGAAGCAUCAGCAUUUUUAGAAUUCAUUAUGCUAGUAAAUUCACUACCUAUAGCAUUCUUUAUACUUUUUAAGCAAUAUGUGUACUAGAACAGUGAUAGCAUAUUGGAAAAAUAAAUGCAAUAUCCCCCUUUUAAUUUCAGUAAUUGGAAAUGGAUUUUUUUCUUACUCUUUUAAGAAUCCAGUUGUCUGUGUUCUACUCAUAAUGAGUAGAAUGAAAGACACACUUGCUGUGACUUUUCUGUUUAAGACAUUGCAGUGGAUUUGGUACCAUACAUCUUUACAUACAUGAAAACUAAGUGCUAAAAAUAGUGGUUGUAACUGCUGCCCUCAAACUCACUUUGCCAGGGUCAAAAUGGACAAUAUUGUAGAAUAAUUGGGAUGGUUUGAUCAUUUAACUAGGAAAGCGCAUGUCUAAGAUCAUAGAUCUUAACAAUGAUGUAUGUGUGCUUCAGCACAGUAUUCAAUGUGGGGAAUGUGCAAGGCACCUAAGGUCCACAAUAUGAACUUAGAUCAAAAUCACAAGGUACUUCCAUAUAACCAAUACUGGUCCAGCGUGCCAUUGACAUGAAGACAACUGGGAAUGGACAAUCACUCUCUGUAGGUUUUAGGCAAGUGAUUGUUCACACUUGUUGACACUGUUGCUGCCACAUGGAUUCUGAAUUACACAAUGAGGGGAAAUAUCAUGGGGAGAGUCUGUGUUCAGUGUGAUAUACAGGGCUGCUUUAGUAGUACUGAAGGAAUGGUAGUAAAAGUCUAUUAUUCAAGACCCAGAAAUACCUAUAUCUGGAUUUAGUGAGUCUGUAGAUUUCCCUAAAGAGUUGUAAGUGUCUCUUAUAAUUCCUGAUGGAAAGUACUGCUGACUACUAUUUUGAUUCAGAAAUUGUGGCAAAUCAAAUUGGUCUUUUUUUAUUAUAAUUUUAUUACAUAUGCUAAUGUGCCUUACUUGUACUAAUUAUGUGGAUCUGAAUGGUUUUGUAAAGAAAAUCCUAUCAAAAAUAUUUAUGUGUGGUUUGAUGACUUUUGUGAGAAAAUUGACCAGCAGAAUGCCUGUAAUUAGCUUAUUGCCAAUAGUGUGCUGUUUGACAUGAUUCCAAUAUGUAAAUCUUUUGUCGGAAUGAUUCAUAGGAAUUUGUUUAAAUGAAUCUUCAUGCUGUCCAAGGAAGAACAUUAUUUGGUUUGAGUGUGUGUGUGUGUGUGUGUGUGUGUGUGUAUGUUUUAGGAGAAAAUAUCUGUGUUCUUAAUGUAAAAUACUCGUUGUAAGAAAAUCCUGUGCCCUGUCGAGCCUAAACACCACUUGAGCCUUGGAAUGCUGCAAUGGAUGGGAUAAUCAUCAUUAACUUUGUUGUGGAAAUUAAAGUAACCUGUCAAAGACAUAAUGUUUGUUUACAAUAUUAGUCAGCUUCCAGGCACUUUGAUAAAGCUUGGUACGUUAUCUUAAAUUGCUAUGUUGCACAAAAAAAGCAAUCUUUGUUACAUUCAUUUCUCACCUUAGUUUUUGGGCAGUUCAGCAGCAUUAUUCACAUAGCACUGCCAUCAACGCUCAUUAUCUUUUGGUGUUGCUCUUGUGUUUUCUGUCCUGCAACACCUUAAACUUGCUUGGCUCUUAACACAGUGACAGAGUUUCAGUUGCUACCUCUCCCUGUACUGGAGUUAGUCCAAACUUUUUGCUGUUACGUUCAUCCUCAGAUGUAUCAGUAAUCUCUUCUUGAUUUCUGUGGAGCAAGUUACUAGUGGUGGAACUCUGAUGGCUGCAGUGGGAAGGCAGCUGUGAAUUCUCAUAGAAGUUAAAGGACAGGCAGAAGCAGGGAGUCACGUUUCAUAUUUCCUUUUAUAUUAAACAUUUGCCGUCAUCUGUAUGCGCAGCUCAGCACACCUGGAAUGUAAGGAACUAUGAAUAGUUUGGAUCAGUUUUACCUAAGAAUUAUGUGUCAAAUUAUGCCUCUAUACUUGCCUUCUGUCUGAUCAACAAAGGUAUCCAAACUUGCUAAUCUGUUUUAUUUUGUCAUUAUUUGUAAAUCCUGUUAAUUGUAAAUCAAAUACAAUUUUUCCACAAAGUGU